UUUGCUCUCUUAUUUCCUCCUACACAAUUUCAUGCAAGAUCUAGAAAGGACACACUGCCUCUGGUCAGAAGAAAAGAUUGUUAAAGAAGAAAAAGCCUCAGAUGGGUCUUCUGAGUUCUAAGAACUCCAAAAUCAACCAAGCCCACGUUCUUCUUCUGGGACUUGAUUCAGCAGGGAAGUCUACUCUCCUUUACAAACUAAAGCUUGCUGAGGAUAUUACAACCAUGCCAACAAUAGGUUUCAAUGUGGAGAUGAUCGAAUUGGAAAGCAGCCUUUUGCUCACAGUCUGGGAUGUUGGAGGACAGGAAAAAAUGAGAACUGUUUGGAGCUAUUAUUGUGAGAAUGCUGAUGGGCUGGUGUAUGUUGUGGACAGUACAGAUCAACAGCGACUGGAAGUCUCACGGAAAGAGUUUGAGCACAUUUUGAAGAAUGAACAUAUUAAAAAUGUGCCUGUUGUCCUAUUAGCCAACAAACAAGAUGUGCCUGGAGCUCUGACUGCGGAGGACAUUACCAGAAUAUUCAAAGUGAAGAAGCUCUGCAGUGACCGGAACUGGUAUGUGCAACCCUGCUGUGCCCUCACAGGCGAUGGGCUGAUAGAAGGAUUCAGGAAAUUAACUGGAUUCGUGAAAAGUCACAUAAAAUCAAGAGGAGACACUUUAGCAUUCUUCAAGCAAAAAUGAGACAGUGGAAAGAUUGAAGCCUCAAAAAAGAUAAAGUUGAAACGGCAUUGACUUUCUACCCUGCAAUAGCUGAGUGGUAUGAAAAAUGAACUUUAUAUUACGGAGAGGAAAAAAUUGGAAGCUAAUAUUUUGUAUAUCCUAUUCCCUAAAUAAAGCUCCUUUUCUGGAUUCUUGCCA